UUUGGAGGAGCAAGGAUAAACUGCCCUCCGGCCACCGCCCGUUGCCUCCCGCACCUUAUCCUCCCCUGAUCCCCCGUACAAAACCACUCCUUCCUUUCCCUCCAUGUGACCCACCCAACCCCAAGCACCGCAGCCGGCCACACUCCCUCCUCCUCCUCCUCCUCCUCCUCCAGCUCCAAGAACUCCAAAAGGUUCAGCCGAGCUCGAUCGAUGGCGUCGCUCUCCGUGGCCACGCUCCCGCAGCUGGCCGGCGCGCCGGCGGCGGCGGCGGCGAAGAAGAGGUCCGGCGUGACGUACGUGGAGGGCAUGAACGCCUACAGCGGCCUCAAGGGGCUCAACAAGGUGACCAUGCUGGGCGUGCGCAAGAGCGCCGACUACAAGUUCGCCAGGAUCGUGGCGUCGCUCAGCCCCGCGGGCAAGAGGCGCGGGGGCUCGUUCGGCGCGCAGUGCAACGCCGCCGGCGAGAUCUUCCAGAUCGCCGUCGUCAUGAACGCGCUCACGCUCGUCGGCGUCGCCGUCGGCUUCGUGCUGCUCCGGGCCGAGGCGGCCUACGAGGAGUCGGAGGAGUGAGUGAAACCCAACCCACCGCCGUGUGCCUGCCCUGACCAGCCGUUUCAGUUCGGUUCAGGCUGCUGCUGUUUGGCUGGCGCGUAAGCCGUGAUAUAUAAAACGUGAUGUAUGCUAUUUUACAUUUGGUUUUGUAUCAAUGACAAUUGAUUGAUGAAUACCCCGGAAACACAUUUUUGGAGGCUCAGCCCUGCAAA